AAGUAAGCAACACGUAAGCAACAAAGUGAGUAAGUUUCCUGAAACUUGGCUACAACUUGAGCAAAGUACUCAAGUGCUCACGCAAUCUCAAAAACAUGGAUGGCAGUUGUUGCGUGGAGAGAACAGUCAAUCUUGGUUACAUUGGUGCAACAGCCGAGAACCGAAUCCGACUCCGAUCAUUCGGCACAGUAAAACGAUGGCAACGACGAACAACUGCCACAGUUGAAUAGCACGAUACAACUACACUAGUCUCGUGUCUUUAAAAAAUAAAAAACCAACAACAUAAGGAUAGAUAGCAAUAUUAUCAGCGACAUACGAUAGAUACACGAAGAACAAGAUAAGCAGAAGGAGCGCGCUGGCUAACUGACGGAAAGCGCUCGCUUGCGUUAUCUAUCUUCUUCUUGGUGACGUGGGUGCCCAGAAGCAGCAUUCAGUCUUCUUGC